AUGUCGACCUCGACCUCGACACCCAGCUUACCCCCCUCCCCCGAGCCGGCCCGACCCCAAGCGCCCCAAUGGCUUUGGACCGCCGUCGAUGUCGAGAAUGGGUAUAGCGCUACCAAGUACCGAGUCCUCGUUCUUAUCUGGUUAGGGUGCGCACUGCCAAACACGCAGACGCUCUGGGAUACCGCCAACGAGCUCAAGCGCCUUCUCCCCCUCACCGACUUUGCGCCGCCUUCCCCUCUGGAGCUCGCGCAACUCAAGACCACAAGCAUGCCUCCACGUCAUCACCACGAACCGCUCAGUCCCGAGCUAGAGCAGGGCCGACUCAGCACAAUCAACGGCACACUGGAGACGUUCCAAGUCACUCCAACCCAUCUUGAGGAUAUGGUGCGCAGGGGAAAAUGUCGCGACGCACCUUUUUGUAUGGCAGAAGUCGCCUUGAGCUUUACAGCCCUCCACAUUUGCUGUCGUCUUGGGUACCGGAGCGAGGACGUCUUUGCCAACCCGCUCUCCGCGGACAUGCAUGUCGAAGAUGGGGAGGCUCGCCGUCCCCUGCCGCCCGUUGUCAAGUCCAAGGAGCGCAAGUUGCGUGAAAACUGGUCGUUUGGCGAGGCGCUCAACUCGGUUCAACAACACUUGCAACCCGUACUUUUUGUCGACCGAUUGAUUGACCUGCACCCGCGCAAACGCGACGAGCUCGUCCGCCUGGUCGAGGGCAUGGUUGCGGAUUUUUUUGCCCCGGCGCUCCUCACCGAUGACCAGAUCCGCCUAUAUCUGGAGUCUGCCGUCGCAGAGAGCGAGGUGGUCGACAACGCGUUCUAUCUGCUGAUAGUCAACAUGGGUCAGCUCUUCCUCCAAUUCUCGAAAUUGCAAAUGGUCAAGGACAAUUUCCUGGCCUUCUUGCCCGACACUCGCUUCUGUGCCUUGCCUCAAGGGCCACUCAAGGACGAGCUGACGCAGUCCGAGAAGCACAAGGACAACGCCGUGCGCACUUGGGUCUGGGCGGACGAGAAAAGAGCGCUCGUCACCCGCAGCCUUGAGCUUGCCCUGCGUCACCUGCACCUGAGACAUAAUGCCACGUGGCUGGAGGAGCUGGUGGUGGCCGACAACGACGCUGAGGCCGACGGUCGGAGUACGAGCAACCCAUUGGACAGGCAGUACAUUGGCCUGAUGAACAUCUUGGCGACCUGUGACAUCGGCGCAGCCCAGCACACCCUGCAGACUACCAGCCAGGGACGCCUGGCAAGCUUGCGCGCAGAGUCCGGUCGUCAACGUUUCCGAACUCUCUCUGAGCGCAUCUUCACAGGCGCCUUGGACUGUGGCGAUAGGGGGUGGGCCUUUGACGGCUCGGCAACACCAGUGGGUGACGAUGCCAAGAGGAUGGACAAUGUCGAGAGCAGGAACGAUGACGAGAGGAUGGACGAUGCGAGCGACGAAGAUAUGGGAGUGCCUCAGGACCCGUUUGAACUGCAUGCCAACAUUGGUCCCGGCGAGGGCGGCGCAAACAAUGGCCCCCUCAACAACAUCGCCGUCUGGACGGACAGCAUCAACGAGGAUCGCCUGCUGGCUCUCGCGUACUUUGCGGAGCACGGCGGAACUGAGCGGGAGACACUGGAGGCCACCCAGGACAUUGUCGUCAGAGCAAUGGCGGCCGCGAGUGUCAUCCUGGAAGAGACCAGGAAGGGUCUGGCCAACUUGCCGGAGUAA